UUUAGAGUUGUUGGAAACAGCGCCCUUUCUUAGGUCACUCUAUAUCUCGCUCCCUGUCGACGCCCCUCGCCGGACUUCCCAACGCCGCCGGUAUUUUGUUCAUUUCGUCGACAUGAAGCUCAACGUUAAGACUCUCAAGGGUAGCCAAUUUGAAAUUAGGGUUCAGCCCACCGACACGAUAAUGGCGGUGAAAAAGAAUAUUGAAGAUACACAAAGCAAGGACAACUAUCCAUGUGGGCAGCAAAUGUUGAUUCACAAUGGAAAGGUUUUGAAAGAUGAAACUACCUUGGUGGAGAACAAGGUUACCGAGGAGGGUUUUCUCGUUGUCAUGCUUAGCAAGAGCAAAACUGCAAGUUCAGCUGGUCCAUCUUCUGCUCAUGCUACUUCCACCACGACAUCUACUAUAUCUUCAACUACGCCUGCAGCUUCGGCGACCCAGUCUAUAGCUGUGCCAGCUUCAAAUUCCUCUCUUGUUCAAGAACAACCGCCGGCACAAAGUGACACCUAUGGUCAAACGGCUUCAACUUUAGUUAGUGGCAGUAGUAUUGAGCAAACGGUACAACAAAUAAUGGAAAUGGGAGGAGGCAGCUGGGACAAAGACACAGUUACUCGUGCACUUCGUGCAGCUUAUAACAACCCUGAGAGAGCAGUGGAUUAUCUAUAUUCUGGAAUUCCUGAAACCGUAGCUGUUCCAGAAACUAACAUAUCAGGGGUAGGAUCUGGCGCAGACCUUGCCGCUCCUCCUGCCUCUGGAGGACCUAAUUCAUCUCCUUUGGAUUUGUUUCCCCAGGAAGCAGUGUCUGAUGCUGCUGCUGGAGAUCUUGGAACGCUUGAAUUCCUCAGAAGCAAUGAUCAGUUCCAACAAUUACGAUCCAUGGUCAAUUCCAACCCCCAGAUUCUGCAGCCUAUGCUUCAAGAGCUCGGAAAGCAGAACCCCCAACUUCUGAGGCUAAUUCAAGAGAACCAAGCCGAAUUUCUUCAGUUGCUCAACGAGCCCUAUGAAGGAUCUGACGGGGAUAUGGAUAUAUUCGACCAACCUGAGCAAGAAAUGCCCCAUGCAGUCAACGUUACCCCUGCAGAGCAGGAGGCGAUUCAGCGGCUUGAGGCAAUGGGAUUUGACAGAGCAUUAGUUAUAGAAGCCUUCCUUGCAUGUGACCGUAACGAGGAAUUGGCUGCAAACUAUCUGCUAGAGAACUCAGCAGAUUUUGAAGACUAAGUUCCCGCAACGAAAAUCAGCCAUAAUUAACCCAAAUCAGAGCACAAGAGAAAGUUUUGUUCCUCCCUUUUCAUUUGAACCGUUCAUUUUUACUCAGUUCAAAAUCUCAGAUGAUCACUAUCUUAUUCUUUCAUCUCCAUAUUUAUCGUAAAGAAUAAUCUGCGUUUUUAUUUUUGCGUUCUGCGCGAUUCCCGUUUGUCGUUGUUAGGUAUGUUUUUAAUAUCUUUGUCUUAAUUAAAUAGCCCAGGAGGCGAGUCACGGAUAUAAUUAAAUAAACUGUGGUCAUACUCAUAUGUUGCCUGUUUGUGAUUGGCUACGCAACCGAAGAAAGUAAAUUUUAUAAAUAACAA